GCUCCCCCGCCCCGGAAGAGACGACGCAGAACGGCGGCGAGUGGCCCCCAAGAUGACUGCUUCUCGUGCCGCAAGAGGGCCGUGCCUUGUGAUCGCAACCGUCCGUACUGCACGCCGUGUGUGGAAAUGGGGAAGGAAUGUCCAGGAUACAAGACUACUUUGACGUGGGGCGUGGGCGUCGCCAGCAGGGGAAAGUUGAGAGGCCUGUCGUGUCCCAUCGCAGGCAAAAGUGUAGACGACCCGCGACAUCAAAAGAGCUCUGCAACGAAGGCCAAGCAUGAAGAUACAUCUGCACCCACAUCGAUCUCGACUACCCAAACCCAAGGACAACAUGCCCGGCAGACUCCUCGGGUAUCAGAGCUUCCCCAAAUCCGUCCGCAUCCUCUGCGGCAUCGUUCGCUACAACAUAUACAUACUACUCUCCGUCCCCAAUACGAUGCUCGUGGCAUGCCAAGCUCUGGGAGUUCACGAGGCUUCUUUGCUGAGCAGGAGUACCAUUCGCCGGCCGAAUAUCCCGUGACUCCGCAAUCUGCGUUCAGCGAUCCCUAUGCCCAGGCCUAUACGGCCCCAUACACCGGUCAGCCGUUGAGUAGCUCAGUUGACAGCCUCACGUCGAAUGUGCGUGGUGCCUCGCUUGGCUCAUACGGACACCGUAUGAGCUCGAGCAUAGACUCUGUGCAGAGCCACGGCCUUUUUGGUUCGAGCGGCGGUGCCACUACUGUCCAUUACCAGUCGACAACCUACCACCACGAUGAAGUCCUAUUCAGCCCGCUAGCCGACAUGUCAACCAUCAAUCCUUUCGAUGACCUCGAGGGCCAUUUCCCGCAGGAUGAAGACGAAGACCAGAAGACGCUUCAGCUACUCGAUCCUCGCUUCAGCACUCCUUUCUUCCACAUCACGCCGCGCCUGCAGAGCCUCAUGGAGUACUACGACCGCCAUAUCUGCACCUAUCUCGUUGCAUUUGAUGGGUCCGAGAAUCCCUACCGAAAGCACGUUCUUCAAUUAGCAAUGCACAACGAAGGCCUACAGAACGCAAUUGCCGCUCUUGCGACGAACAACAUGCGUAUGCGCAGACAACCUCCACCUCGCCAAAUGGGCAUCGUUGAGGAAAUCACCGAUGCCUUUGAUGGGUCACACAAGCCGAAGGAUCUGAAUGAGCCCACGGUUGAAGAGCUUUGCUACAAACAGAUGUCCAUUGAUCAACUCAACAUGCAGCUUACAGACUCCCGAGCGGCCCACGAUGAUUCUGUCUUGGCGACACUUCUCAUCCUCUGCCUAUUCCACGUUUGCGAUUCUGGAUUCAGCAAAUUCAAAACCCAGCUGGCUGGGGUGCAGAAAUUGCUUUCUUUGAGAGAUCGACAAACGCAGUCCGACUUUACAGGCUGGGUCGAGAUGUUCUUUCUAUGGUUUGAUGUAUUGACGAGUGCUGUCAACGACCGCGAAAUGCAGAUCAAGAGCGAGUCUCUUGAUAUGCUCGAUUAUGGCUCAGGUCUAGGAGCUUUAGAGCAGUUCUCCGGCUGCGACGGAAGGUUGUUCAAGCUGAUUGCGAGGCUCGGCCGCCUGAAUCUUCUCGCUCAAGGCCGAGCGGUCCGACCACAAGGCAGCGUAGAUCGUAUGCCGCGGCCACCAUCUACCCAUAAAGCUCACACGCCGUCCUUCAAGAAGCGAAAGCUGCCCGCAAAAACGCUUCAUAUCAUCGACUGCGAGCGCAUCGAUGGCAAUGGCUGGGGCUCACCGAUAACAUCUUCGGAUGAAGAAGACAACGCAUCGUCCCACAGGUUGCACGAGCUUCAUCACAGCACCACCUCUGAUCCCGAUCACCGCCAGGAGUUCUGGUCGGAAUGGAACGACAUUCGCGCUCGCCUCCAGGCUUGGACGAUGGCCACAUAUUCAGUACCUCCGCCAAGCGAAAGCACAAGCGCGCAAGACUUCGAGCUCGGCCGACGAGACAUGCUACACAUCAACGAAUCCUUCCGCUACUCUGCUCUUCUCUACACCGAACGGCUGGGAUCGCCACUCCUGCCAUCCUCACACCCUACCUUCCAACAGUACGUUUCCGCAGGUCUCCAACACAUGACCGCCCUGGAGAUUACAUCCUGCGUCAACAAAUUCCUCCUCUGGCCAUUGUUCAUCAUCGGGACGGAAUGCGUCGACGAGCAACAUCGAAACGUCAUCCGGGAGAGAUGUAUUGAGGUGCAGAAAGAAAGUGGGUUUUGGAACAACAUCAGUGGACUGGAAGUUUUGGAGAAAGUUUGGCGUGAGGUUGGCAAUAAUGUGCAGGGCAUGGAAGCGGCGGAAAUCAAGGCUCGGAGACGAGAUUCUGAAGCGGGCAGAACUGGGAGGCAUGGACAGGCGUUCAGGUGGAGGAAGGCCAUGGAUCGGAUUGAUGGGGAAUAUAUUGUUAUCUGA